AUGGGAAAGAGUCUGCGCACACGCAUGCUUACCUUUGGUGUAUGCGCCUUUAUUCUUUUUUCUAUACUCCCUCAGCUGGACCUCUUAAGUAUUAACAAGUUUAAUCUGCUGUGUGUUCUGUGCUUGGCAUAUUUCAUUGGGAGUACAUACUACCAGGCUGUGUUCAUUCUGUACUUCAUCUUAAACUCAGCUGACAUCCUUUUUAUUAUAGAUAACAUUCAGCUGGUGCUUUUCUACAGCUUAGUAUACUCCACAGAUAUUCCUAUCCUGGCAAAUCUAUCUUAUGGACGAGCUAUUUAUAGAAGCUUUAAGAAAAAAAGUAUAAUUCCCAUUAUGGUGUCUGCUAUGGCUGGCCUUGCUGUCUGUGGCUGGAGAAUAUUUGAAGCCCAGAAAAUAUCUCCUAUGGCUACUUCCCCUUUGAUGUCUUCUUCUUUUGUUCAUCUGCACUCUGGUCUAAUUUACAUCAGUAGCACAGAAAGCUACUAUGGGAAUUAUAAUAGAAAGCAAGGGAGCGGAAAUAGGGCUGUAGUAGGGACAAAGGAGAAAACACAAAAUACAGAAUGGAAGGUUAUUCUUGAGGGGCUUGAGGGAAAUCCUGCACCAACUGUCUCCAUAACAAGUGGCUCUGUUGUUUAUCUGCAGAAUGCACAGACCAAAGAGUACAUGUACACAGCAGAUGUUGCAUCGCCUUUAACUCUCUCUAAUCAGGAAGUAUCUACUACCCAGGCACUGACAGAUGCAAAUAGGUUCUUAAUUCUAAACACAGAUGGAGACAUGACAAAGACUGUGUCUAUAUUCAGUGAUGGGCUGUUUUAUCUGAAGAAUGUCAGCACAGGCGUAUUUAUUCGUGUUUUGAAAAGAAAAACACCCAUAGAAGACGUGAAAAUAGCACGGGGAUAUGAAAUAAAUGGGCAAAAAGAGACCGGAGUGAAUAUAUAUGUUGGGGGAAGUACCUGCCUGUGGAGUGCCCGGGUGAUUGAUACCUCUAAGGUAACUAUUAAAGACUGGUGUAAGAAUAUACUGGCGCAUAUUUAUAGAGCAGGAAAAAAGAGGCUUUACAUAAUUUCUCGUAUAGAAGGCUUAACUGAGGAGGAAAACCCCCAGUAUAAUCACCACUAUACAUACAUGGGCAGAUACAACGUGCUUAUGUAUGGGGUACUAUUUAUGUUUUCUGGGCUGCGUGGGAUGCUUGGGAAAGAGCGUAUCUGGGAAAAAGUAAUUUCGUGCCUGAUUGACAUUCUACUGUGUCUUGUCUUUAAGAAAAAAUGCACAAAGGCAGUGGUAUACACGGCAGGCGUUAUUGGCAUACAGAAUGGACUAAAGUUGCAUAAACUAGUUAGAGAGAUUAUCACUUUGAGAACCAAAGUAAAGAAAGACUAA